AUGGAUAACCCUCGACGGUUUGGUCCUGGGGAGUUUCUCAAGGAGCAUGCUUCUUUCAGUGAACGCGAACAGAAAUCCUCCAAAUCUUCGAUAUCCGAGCUGCGGACUUUGAAGCUCGCACCUGAAUCCCCUCCUGACUCUCAUGGGGAGGAUCUGCGGGUGAACUGCUUGGACAUCAACCCGAACAAUGGAGAACGUCUAAUUGUGAGCCAGAAGCACUCUUCUCGCCCUUCCGAGAAGCAUGCUCAAGCUACGAGUGCUACCGCACUCCUCAAGCUCACGGUACGACAUGCGCUGUCCGCUCUGAUUGUUACUGUCUUGGUCGAUUUCGCUAUGAAAUUCUCGUGUUUUGACAAAGCCUUCGUACCAAGUAUUUUUGAGGACUACAUCCCGAACAUGUGGAGCUGUGCAUCUUCUACGGCGGAUGCCAAUAGCUUUAGCCCUCCGUUCACAUACGGCACUUAUCCGGUGACAACUCCACGACAUUCGGUUUGCUUCGACGGACGACUUCAAGGUUCGCCUGACUAUGCCAGUUAUGCCAUGGGCGCAAGACCUAUCCAGGCCAUGAUUUCCGCCUCCUAUGCGUUUCCUGAGCGUGCAGAUAUUGCGUUCAUGAGGCGAAUUUUUAGUAGCCGAGGCGUUGUGCCACAGCCUCCGGCUGUUCUACUCUCAGAGAGUGUAGAACCUGGUAAAUGUUGGCCUAUGGCUGGAUCCAGCGGAUAUAUCGGCAUCAAGCUCUCAUACACUAUCUUCGUCACCAAUGUUACGGUGGAUCAUGUCCCUACUACUUCACUGCGGGAUGUACGGACUGCUCCUCGGUCUCUGCUGCUGUGGGGUUUGGCGCAGGAUGAAUCGGUGAAACGGGAAGCGCUAGACGUCGAGUUGUUCCAGUCUUUACCGGCUACGCUGAAGGAAACUUCCCUCAGGGAUACACCCUCAUUCUGCUGGGCAGUUUGCAGUAUGAUGCUUUGA